AUGUCGGAGGACGAGCGGUCGCCUCUGCUGUCGGCGUCGAAGAACAGGGACACUGCUAACCAGUCUGGCGAAACUACGCCCUUACUUUCCAGUACAGCCGAUACACCAAGAUACGAUGGAGAAUUUGACGAGCCAGCCGACGCCACGUCUAUCAUAUCGCACCGCAGUGAAACGGCGUCGACACAUGCCGCCGCCAAGUCGCGAAGAUGGCCGUCCUACAUUGCCAUGGGCAUCCUAGGCAUUCUGGUGCUGGCAAUCAUAGCGCUGAUGUUCAUCGUGCCCGAUGCAGUUCAGGAAUAUGCCAAACAAGCCGCCGUCCUCGAGCCUACGAAUCUGUCGCUCGACUCGAUCACCACUGAUGGCGUCAAGGCGAGGAUACAAGCCAAUUUCCGACUUGAUGGAUCGCGCGUCGAGAACCAUCAUGUGAGGAGGAUUGGCAAGGCGGCAACAUGGGUUGCCAACACAUUAGGGACCGAGGAGACCAAGGUUGCAGUGUCCCUGCCCGACUAUGGCAACAUCCUCCUCGGAACAGCCGUCAUCCCCCCAUUGACAAUCAACUUGCGAGAAGGCCAUACUACUGCCUUCGACUUCGUGACAGAGGUUUCGCCGGGGGACGUGGAGGGCAUUCGAACAAUUGCGAAUGAGUGGCUCGAUGGUCGCCUGGACAAAUUGCGCCUAAAAGGCUCGACUGACCUGACUCUGAAGUCUGGAAUCAUUCCGUUGGGAACUCACAACGUUGUGGAAUCUCUGGUGUUUGAAGCCAAUAAAAUUCCCACCAUGCCCGCUUACAAUAUCACACGACUCAAUGUCAAAGAUGUCCCAGCGCCAGGAGGCAAGAAGUCUAUGAUUGCUGAUGUAUCACUAAGUGCAUACAAUGAGUAUCCGGUAGAGCUCAACGUACCCGAACUUGCGUUCGAGAUUCUUGUACCCGGUUGCGAGGAGGAUCAGUCUAUCGUGGUUGCGGACGCAGUUACCAGCGAAAUUCAUAUGAAACCUCGUACUGAUGUCGAGGUGAAUGCUCACGGCUUAGUCCGAGAGCUCCCAGAUUCGCUGACGCGCGCUUGCCCGAACUCAAACUCAUCCCCACUGGACCUGUUACUCAAAGAUUACAUGCACGGCGAGCCUGCGACAUUGUACGUCCGCGGAAGCAGCCGUCCUGAUGGUAGCACCCCACGUUGGAUUGCGGACAUCUUGUCUAGUGUUACCCUGCCCGUUCCAUUUCCUGGAAGGUCACUGGAUGGACUGCUCCGCAACUUUUCAUUGACAGACGUUCAUUUCACCUUACCAGACCCUUUCGCUGACGAAGGCGAUCCUAACGCCAAUCCCAAAAUCUCUGGAAAUGUUCUUGUUAUCGCUGGUCUACCAGCUGAAAUGAACUUCGGAAUCGAUGUCACCAAGGUCCGUGCAUUCGCUGAUGUGUUCUACAACUCGAACAAGCUUGGGGAAUUAAACUUGAAGAAAUGGCAAAAAGCCAACUCGACCAAGAUCGACGCUAAGAAAGGAGACGAGGCAACGUUAAAGAUAGAGUCUCGGAUCAACGAUGCCCCAUUGAACAUCACCGACAGCGAUGUGUUUAGCGAUGUCGUUCAGAAGCUCAUGUUCGGUGGCAAGCCAAUACAGUUGGACAUCAAGGCCUUAGUUGAUGUAAAGGUCGAGACAGCUUUGGGGCAAAUGGUUCUUAAGGAUGUUCCGGCCGAGGGGAAGAUUCCAGUUAAACGUCCUGGGAAAGGGUUACUCCAAGGAUUGACGCCCAAGGUUAGGUCGCUCAAAAUCAUCGACACAAGCCCGACGUCCAUAACUCUUCAGGCUUUCGUGAAUAUCACGAAUCCCACGCCAUACACGGCGCAUGUGCCCUACAUGAAUAUACAUGUGGUAAAAAAUGGCAGUAUUCUUGGUCAUGCAACGGUUGAGAAUAUGGACAUGGUGAAGGGAGUGAAUCCUGAUUUGUUGGUGACUGCAAGAUGGGAGCCGAGCAUGGGUGGAAACGAAGGACGCCAAAUCGGAAGAGACCUUAUCUCUCAAUAUCUUUCUGGCUACAACGUCACAAUAACCGCCAAACCUCAUCGGAACAGCAUUCCGGGCGCAGACGUUCUUUGCGACGCUUUGUCUCGGUUCAACAUCACAAUGCCUGCACCGAAACUCGAUCUUCCGGGUGACAGUCCCGAGGAAAAAUCUCAUUUUAUUAGAGACGCAACUUUCCACCUCUUCUCAUCGACGGCGACGUUCACGCUCGUCUCUCCAUUGCAUUACAACACGAUGUACGUGGACUUUGUCAAUGCGACGGCCGUAUACAAUCAUACAGAACCAAUGGGCAAAAUAAUAUACGACUACCCCUUUCAAGCACCACCUGGAAAAUCUACCACGCCCAAGUUGCCUGUGGAGUGGUCGGUUGGAUCCGUCGGGUACGACGCGGUCAAGAAAGCCCUCGGUGGCACUCUGAAACUUGACGCACAUGCGGUCGUCGACGUGCGAUUAGGUAAUUGGAAGGAUACAUUCUGGUACGAAGGUAGAGGCAUUGGGGCUCACGUACAGAUUUAG